AUGGCUGCCGUCGGCAGGAACUAUCAUUUCAGGGAGCCGAAACGGAAAAUUAUGUCUUUAAAUUUCUACUGGACAUGUAGUUUUCUUAUUUUUGUCUUCAGUGGGUGUUUCGCUGACGACGACCAUGAAAUGGAGGAGUUUUUGAAGCGGGAGUUUUCCCUAUCCAAGCCAUACCAAGGUGUGGGCUCCUUGGGCUCCGCCCACUGGGAGCUGAUGGGGGAUGCCAUGGUAACCACCGACCAGGUGCGCCUCACACCUGACAUGCAGAGCAGGCAGGGGGCAGUGUGGAGCCGCAUUCCCUGCCAUCUGAAGAACUGGGAGAUGCAAGUCCACUUUAAGAUUCACGGAAAAGGAAAGAAGAACCUUAACGGUGACGGGUUGGCCAUUUGGUACACAAAGGAACGUAUGCAGAAAGGUCCUGUAUUUGGCAAUAUGGAUAAUUUCACUGGCUUGGGUGUGUUUGUGGACACAUACCCCAAUGAGGAGAAACAUCUGGAGGCGCAGAAGAAAAGAUAUACUCCUCGCACACAGAGGAUCUUCCCCUUCGUGUUAGCCAUGGUCGGCAACGGCAGCAUCAGCUACGACCAUGAGAGGGACGGUCGGCCCACGGAGCUCGGAGGCUGUAACGCCAUGGUCCGCAAUCUCAAACACGACACCUUCCUCUUCAUCCGGUAUAUCCGUCGCAGGCUAACGGUGAUGAUUGACAUUGAAGGGCAACAUGAGUGGAGGGACUGCCUAGACAUCCCUGGGGUGCGGCUGCCUAUGGGUUAUUAUUUUGGAGCUACAGCCAUCACUGGAGAUCUUUCGGACAACCAUGAUAUCAUUUCCCUGAAACUCUACCAGCUGACUGUGUUGAAGAGUAAACAGGAAGAGGAAGAGGAGGAAGAGGAGAUAACCAUUCCAAGUGUUGACAACUUUGAACUACUCCGAUUGGGUCAGACUGAUGAAGGGAUGAGUGCAGUGGCUAUGUUCUUCACCAUGCUUUUUUCAAUGCUGGGCUGUAUCUUCCUCAUCGUCAUCGGCCUGGUGGUCUACAGCCACUGGAAUGAGACCCGGCGCAAGCGCUUCUACUGAGAAAGACAUGAUGGUAAUGGAAAUACAGACUGCGGUGAUCAGACCCAGCUGCACUGAGACCUUAAUAAGGGCUGAUGGCACUCUGUUUCCUGAGGACAACAAUAUAUUGAUGGGAGAACAAGUCAGUGUAUCACCCUCUACAACUAAAGCCAUCCUCUGAUUUUGCCAUUGGUAGUCAUGAAGCAGUAGGAAGGCCCCUGCCUGACGCACACCAACUUGGCCUUACCAGCUCCACCUCUGAAUGUGUUUCACAGAAAACAGGCUGUUAUAUCACCACUUCUUAUGAGCAGCUUUUAUGUUCUGAAAGUGAAGUGACUGUUAAAUACAUUUUCAGCUGGCUGAUGUUGAUUUUGUGGCUUUUAGAAAUUAAUUUAAGUAAUAUAAGGAUAUCUAUUGUGUUCCUACUUGUGCUCCACAUGCAGUAGAACUUCUAAAGCCAACCAAAACCACCCUGAGAAUAUGACUGUGGUCUUCAUCAUCACUUCUUGCUAGCUAAAGAUGCAUCUCUACUCCUUUUUACAUUAGAAAAAAAAUUCAUUACUAAGCAAUCAAUCAUUUGGUUUUUGUGUAUGAACUUUAUGAUGAUAUUUAUAAUCUCAUGCUGUAGGUAUAGUAUGCAUGAUAUUCAACAAGGUUUUUUUAAGAUUUGGAGGUCUUCUAUUGCGUCCAGAUUGGUGCAUGUGGCAACAAUUUCGGUGUUUCAGGGAAAAUAUAGUUUCUAUAAAAUGGUGUUUUAAUGACAGUGUAAAAAUAUUUAUUUUUCCCUUCCUCAUAUUUUAUGCACAUAUUUAAAGCUCCUGUGAGGAGUUGUGAAAGCAAGCAAGAUCAUCGCAACAUUAUUGAUCAUUUCUCUAAGCAAUAGCUGCAAUCAGCAUCAAUAGGAACACCCUCAAAAUGUUGCAGUGCUUCACACUGAGAGUACAAGUACACCAUCAACCUCAGUGCUGAGGAACUGCUUGGUAGCCAUCUGCCCUACAAAUGAACUUUAAAACCCAAAUCUUUAAAAUUUGAGUUAUUUAAUUUACCCAUCUAAGGUCCAGAACGUGGGAUCCGAAAUCCCAGCAUGUGUCCAUAGUCAGCAUUUAACUCCUAGUAACUUUAACAUGAAGUUUUCCGUGUUUGAUUGUUUCAGGGGAGACAUAAAACUUGGAGUUAUUGAUGUUAUUUUAAUUUUAGUACUUCAUAUCUACAGAGAAUUGGAUUCUGACUCUUACCAGAUAACUGCGGAUGAUACGUUGGGCUAAUAAGUGGGGUCUUUCAUUCACCCUUUUUUAAAAACUUGUGCUACAAUCUGAUCAUAUUCUGACAAGUUUAUUGACAUAUUAUUUUCCUUUGAUGAUUAAUAGUAAUGACUCAAUGUAAGGCAUUACAGCAUUCCCUAAUGGGACGCCCCACCCAAGACUAUGGCCUGAUGCUGACUGUAUUUAUGUUUAAUGUCAAUAACUGCUGCAGGGAGGUGAGGGGAGUUACAGCAGGCAGCAAAACAGAUUUUGUUCACAGUUUCCAUGGUAAAGAGUCACAGGAAUUGAUCAGAGAACUUUUCCUCAACAUGUACAGGACAAGAUCAUUGAAGAAAGGAAAAAUACAGUAUAGCUCUCUUUCUGCAUCUCUCUCCCCUCUCUGUCUCUGCAGCUUCCUUCCCCUCUCUUCUUUUCCCUGCAUCUCCCUCUUCUUUUUUUCCGCAUUACCUUCUAUUCCUUUAUAACUCCAACACAGCUUCCACAGAAGGCUGCCUUGUUCUGCUGGAGGUUUCUGCCUGUAAAGGGAAGCUUUGCCUUGCUACUGAAACUAUGCUAAAUGUUCCGUAGUGCUGUGCUCAUGGUGGAUUUAUGCUGAGUCUGUCAUAAUUGAUAGAGCAGGUUUUUGAAUUGCCACCAUACAAAUAAAAUUUUAUCGAUUGACUUACACCUAUUGGUCAAUAGAGGCACUAUAGUUGACACAGAUCAAAAGUCCCUCAUAUGAGCUUUAAGAGGGAUUUGUGGGAUUCAUGGACAGAUAGAAAUAAAUUAUUACAAAUAAAGUUUAUUUUAAGUAGAUUUAUUUAAUGUACUCUUUGCACUGAAGAGAGGGCUGAUGGUGAGAAUUCCACUCAGUAAUACCCCCUUGUACCCUUUCAUUGACACCUGUUUUUGCACACUGAAUACUAUUACGGCCUUUUGUUUGUGUUCUUUUGUGUUGUGUGUAGACACCACCGUUCCUCAUAGGUUUCAUAUUUUUCCAGUGAACCAAAAACCAUGCUGGUUUCAACUCAAGAUGUGUGUUUGGAUGAAGGUUUUGACUCUCUAUGUUAUUUAUUAUAAUGUCAGAUGUGUUUUAUUCUGUUUUUAAUCCAGUCAUGAAAUGUGUAAGGACUUCUGCUGUUUCCAAGCCACUUUGACAACCAGCCUACCUUAUUUAUACUAUGUUGUUGUGUUGUGUUUAUCUCUCGACUUUUCUUUGUUUUGGAAGAAAAUUGUGUGCCUCAUGUAUCCAUUGUGUGCUCCAUCACUUUUUUGUUUGUCCUUAAUUUAUUUAAUGCAUCAUUAAAGGCAAAACAACCUACACUGGUUAUAUGAUUUCUCGGUGUGGUCAAUGAUGGGAAACAUAUUUGGCCAUACGUGGAAAGUAAGAAAUGACAUUUACCCAUGUUAGUGUAACUGAGCAGCUUUCUGUGUGUUUGUGAAAGUUUUUAAAAUGAGUACUUUUAUUUUACAUGAGUAAUUUCUGCAGGAAGAUGAGCCUGAGCUGAUUCGCUGACAUCUAUCACCUUACUAUGAGAUGAACAUGCAUGCUCAGGCAUGGACAAUGGCAAAGAUGGAAGAUUAUGAGUCAUGCAAAUGUCAUAUGACUCGUUAAUCAAGCUGAAGUAAUCCUAAAACAGUAAAUAAACACUGGUGAAGCAGAAACUACCUGUUUGGGUUCAAGUGCAAGCAAUUCAGCCACUUCAUGCAGGCAGUCAUCAAACCUGUACAAGCAUGCAAGUUAUGGUUCCCUGUCCAUCUCCAUUGAGAGUGACGUCCCUCUCAGUUGAUAUCAGCACAAGUUCAGAUAGCCUGUCCUCCCCACAUCUGUUUCUGCGCUGGGUCUUGACAUGUUUCAGUUUGGAGAAAGGCCUCUAUUUUGAAGCAGUUGUCACUGGCAAUGUGGCAUAUACCAUAUUAUGACAGGCUUGUUAAGAGUAGGAAAGGGCCCUUUAUCAGGUUGUACUCAAUGAGAGGGUGAGCUGAAGGGCAACUUGUCCCGUUUGUCCUUGAAAGGCACCCUUUAGAAAACUAGUCAUCUUAGGGUGCUUUUUUUAUCAUGUUAAAGGUCACAUGUUUUACUUUACUAUUGAAGUUUGUUGCU